AGAGGGAGAAGUCAGAGGAGAACCUGGGAGCUCCUUUGGAGGCUGCGGUGUCCCUGACUCUCCUGAGGGGGGCUCACUAACGGCUGGGUCCCAUGCCACAGUGGCUGAGGAGGAGAAGCAGGAGGUGAGUCCCUGAGGAGACGCCGUGACCUGAGGGCUUCCCUUACUGAGGAGGCCUCGUGCUUCAUCUGUCACAAGCGGUGCCCAGGCCGGUGGUGACAACUGGGACGAUGCUCAGGCUUCUGAGACUUGCUUUGGCCUUCUACGGGAGGACAGCCGACCCUGCAGAGCGACAGGGCCCACAGCAGCAGGACCUCCCACAAGGUGACACCCAGUUGAAAACUGUGCAGGGAGUUGUCACAAGUUUCUGUGGUGAUUAUGGCAGGACUGAUGAGUCGAUCUACUUCAGUAGUGAUGUUGUGACUGGCAACGUGCCUCUAAAAGUUGGACAAAAAGUUAAUGUGGUUGUGGAAGAAGACAAAUCACUUUAUGGAUUGAGAGCAAUCAAGGUGGACGUUGUGCCUUGCCAUCUUUAUGGUGCUGGACCCUCAGACUCAGGAACCAGAGUUUUAAUUGGAUGUGUUACUUCUAUAAAUGAAGAUAAUAUUUAUAUUAGUAACAGCAUUUAUUUUUCCAUAGACAUUGUUUCUGAAGAUUUUGUGCCUUAUAAGGGUGACUUGUUAGAAGUUGAAUACUCCACUGAGCCAGGCAUCUCAAACAUCAAGGCAACUGCUGUGAAGCACACCCGUUGUAUUCAUGCGGAAGAGGUCUGCAUUACUAGCGUACAUGGAAGAAAUGGGGUGAUAGAUUAUACUAUCUUUUUCACCUUGGAUUCUGUGAAACUUCCUGAUGGAUACGUACCUCAAGUAGAUGAUAUCGUCAAUGUGGUCAUGGUGGAGAGCAUUCAGUUCUGCUGUAUUUGGAGAGCGGUUUCUAUCACCCCAGCGCAAGAAUCCAGCAGCAGAUUCCAGGAUGACGGAGGCCUGGGACGGCCCAAAAGGGAACGUCGGAGCCAAAGCAUUUAACUGAAAAGGCAUCAGGGACAGCACGUUAAAGGGAUGAUUUAAAGUUACAAUUUGACUUCAGUUUUGAGCCCCCUUUAUGAUGUCUGUACAAUCUGUAUUGUUCCACAGCCUCUUUCAUCUUCUGUCACCCACAUAACUUGCGAUGUUUAUUGUUUCAAUAUGUUCCUUCUUCCCCAUGCUAGAGUGUAAACUCCACAAUGGCAGGAUGUCUUCUGACCUGUUUUUUUUUUUUCUUUUUUCUUUUUUCUUUUUUUUCUGUUGUCAUUAAAGCAUCUCCAAGCACUUAGAAGAGUGCCUGGCAGACUCAAUGAGCAGUGAGCAGAUAAAAUGUUAUUAAGUUCAAUGACUGAAUGACUGGGCCAGCAAUGAUAUUUACCUGUGGUUCAUUCAUCACUGGUUCCUUAAGAAUAAAAUUGUUGAGCAAUGCACUAA